AUGGCCCCCUGUUUUAGAUGGACUACUGAUUGUAUAUCUGGACUCAGGCCUUUAUAUCCUGCUACUUACCCCUUCCAAGGUCAGGGGCGUGUGAACCAGUUGGGUGGAGUGUUCAUCAACGGCCGUCCUCUGCCAAAUCAUGUCCGACUACGGAUUGUAGAAAUGGCAGCAGCCGGAAUUCGGCCUUGUGUCAUCAGUCGGCAACUCAGAGUUUCACACGGUUGCGUUUCCAAAAUACUUAACAGAUACCAGGAAACCGGAAGUAUACGGCCUGGCGUGAUCGGUGGCAGCAGAUCGAAAUCAUCCGAAUCGGAUUCCCGGAUAAGUGCCGACUCCGAUUGCGGGCCGAAAAAAGACUCGGCCGGACUAUUCAGUUGGGAGAUCCGAGACAGGUGGUCAAAAGAAAGAAGUGGCCUGAGAGACAGUCCGACAAAGUUGGACAAGCCUGUGGAGGAAGUCUCAGAACAUAAAGGAGGACACAAACACUCUAUCGACGGCAUCCUUUCUAAAAGGAAAGCCGGUAACGGCAGCGAAGACUGCGCCAAUUCGGACUGCGAGUCGGAGCCCGGACUGACCCUCAAGAGGAAGCAGCGUCGUUCCCGGACCACCUUCACAGCGACGCAGCUGGAUGAGCUCGAAAAGGCCUUCGAGAAGACACAGUACCCGGACAUAUACUCCAGGGAAGAACUCGCCCAAAGAACCAAGCUCACAGAGGCCAGGGUACAGGUUUGGUUCAGCAACCGUCGAGCUCGUUGGCGGAAGCAACUAGGCAGUCAACAUCUCAACAGCUACAGCUCCCUCAAUUUCGGCUACCAACACGCCAAUCCAUAUCUAGUCCCAGACACUGCCGCCUACACUACUCAUACAGAUUCCUCGUCCCUGACGGCCGGUUCUACAGUCCCACUUCAUCACCCUCAUCUGUCGACGGACGCUCGAACUUCACUAACAUACGGUAACCCUCUCGCCGAAUGUGCCUACGUCGCCAACAAUUCAUCUUUACAGUCACAGGUGAUGUCCAUGCUGCAUUCAUCCGUCCCCACCUCUGCGUCCGCCGUGGACUACACCGCCUCGCACCACCACGCCGCAGCCUCCGCCAACCCCGCCUCUGGCGAGGAGAGCGCCUGGAACCGCGCCAACUUGAACGGAUGGAGCGCCCAGCAGAGCGAUGCCGCCUUUGCCGCCGACCACGUGCCGCACGCCUCUGCCGGGGAGGCCUACGCGCCUUUCAACGGCAUGGCGCACCACCACUACGCGGACAUCAAGCCGUCCUUCUACUACCCCGGACAAUACGCGCCCUCUAUCCGGGGAAUUGCGCUCUGA